AUGAACGUAGUAGGUGAAUAUAUUGACGGGAUGAACAGGAUUUUUAAAACAAGCAUGGAAAGGGCAGACCCCAGAGUCUCCUCGAUGUUCCUAAUGAGUUCAGUGAAUGGUUUAUUAUAUGUGAUCAUUGCCUACCUAACAUUAGUUCAUUAUGGGUUAAAGUUCAUGAAAGGAAGGAAUCCUUUUCGUAUAAACGGACUCGUUGUUGCGUAUGAUUGGAUCAUGGUAGUUAUGAAUGCCUAUAUGCUAUAUGAAUCUGUAGCAGUCGCAUUUAAUGAAAAUUAUUCGUUGUAUUGUCAAAAGGUUGAUUACAGUUCAAAUCCUAACGCUUUGAGACUAGCCCGAGCUAUUUGGUUAUUUCAUAUAUCAAAAGUGGUAGAAUGUUUAGAUACAUUCUUUUUUAUAAUUCGUGGUCGAACACAUCUUGUCACAUGGUUACAUGUCUAUCACCAUUGUACAAUGAUUCCGAUAACAUGGGCUGGAGUGAAAUGGGCAGCUGGGGGUGAAAUAUUCCAACCUGUCGCAGUCAACUGCACGAUUCAUGUGAUUAUGUACAGUUAUUAUGCAUUUGCAGCUCUUGGACCUAAAUGGCGAAAAUACUUAUGGUGGAAACGUUACCUAACAAUGCUACAAAUGAUUCAAUUUAGCUAUGGAAUGCUUUAUUCUUACAUUUCACUUUACAACCAAUGUGGUCUGAAGGAAUUUGUAUAUUACUUCAAUUUGUUUUAUCAAGCCAGUCUUCUAUUACUUUUCUAUAAUCAUUAUCACCAUGCAUAUCACAAAUCAAAAAACCAAAAGUUAUGUAAAGCCACCGAUGACAAUUCCAUAGACAUUCAUACAAAUGGAAAUAUUAAAAAGGAUGAAUGA